UCAAGCACUACACGUUACAGCGAAUGGACAAUGAGUCAAAUGCACUUUUUCCAUAAACUAACAAAUAUUUAACCCAAAUUUUUGUUAUUAAAAAGUGCAAUUGAUUUAGAGGAGAGCUCUACUUUUUAUUCAAUUGGGCGAGUGAGUUACGAGAGAAAUACUCGUUUUGAUGAAGUGAAGUGGUCUUUUCUGGUUAUAGAGCUGCUUAGGUGGUAAGUUGGGAUGAGAGGAAGGUGUAGGUUGAGGAGUCUCACGUCUCAUCUCACUCACUCUGAAGUAGUCUCAAUUGUACACGCACUUGGUAAAACUCUGACAGAAGCGAGUCUCACUGUCAGUUGAGCAGAUCCUUGUCUCAAAUCUCUCUCCUUAGCUCAUUUCCUCGCAGUCUUCUUCUUCCUCGUCGUCUCACCACCAGUGACAGUGCUGCAGUCUCAGUGUGGCAGCAGUGCGCGAUCCCAAUUACCGUGUCAGUGUCAAACGUGUGUGUCAUCCUGCCCCCAUUAUUUUCCCCACCCACCACCCUCCAUUAAAAUAACUCCCCACCUAUGAAUUAACCACACAAAAAAAUGACCCCCCUAAUAAAAACCAUCCUCCUAAUAGUCUCACUACCGCUGCUAAAAUGCCAACAGCACCAACCUUUAAAAUACUCCACCCUCACGGACAACGUUGCCAUGGACACCAAAACCCUGGCCUCCAUCGUGACCGACAUCGACUCCCACUACGACCAUUUACUCACUUAUUACAACAACCAAUCUGAUCAGCACGUGGUGGGUGACGCCCCUCCUGCCGCCGUCGCCGUGGGGUGGACCGAACCCGGCACUAGUCUCACUUGGGAUAGCUCCCUCGGACAAGUGGGGGAGGGGCAUCUGCACCCCUUUGAGAACUCAGUCUCCUUUGAGGGUUCGGGACUCAAAUUGGCACUGAUUUUCAUCUCCCUUUGGUACCUAAUAAUCGCCGUCAUGGCAACCUCGAGUGGCAGCAGCGGUGGAAACCUGUUUGGUUCGAGUUGCGGAGGAAACCACGUCCCAUUUUUCGACGAGGGGGCCGCGCAGAUCGUCGAUGCCAAUGCUGUCUUUCCUCUCAUUCCCCCCCACCCAAUGUCCCCCGAGAUAAUUUCCAAUUUCCUCGAGGCCAAGGACUCCUCCGAAGAAGAUUUCGAAAUGCCCAUGGAUUUAUUGCAGAAAGUGGGGGAGAUGUGCCCCCAGUCAGCCUUUUUCUAUGGGAUGAACCCCGGCUACAUGACGGCUGCGAUGAUGGUGAAGGACAUGUUUAUGCAGAUGCCCUCUUCCGAACUCAUGCUCAACAUGGCCAUGAAAAUCAAACCCAUGAUGAACACGAAAUUGUGGUACACGGGGCUCAUGCAUGCUUGCUCUUCAAGGGGGGACAUGCUGGGCCUCCCGCUCCCCACUGCACUCGACGCCAUGCCGGACUCCUUCGUCCCUGGAUUGGUCGACAAAUCCCGAGGGCAUCACCAUGACGACGAGUGCAUAAAACUCGAUGGCAACGUAGGAAAAGACAACGGCGAGGAAAAUAAACUCUGGUACUUCCGUGAGGACGUCAUGGUGAAUUCGCACCACUGGUACUGGCACCUGUCCUGGCCCCUCAUGACCCGUGGGGGAGGAAAAAUGGACCGCAGGGGGGAGCUGUUUUAUUAUGCCCAUCGGUCCUUUGUCCAGAGAUACAACAUCGAACGGCAAUGCAACGACCUGGAAAUCGCCCAACCAUUGGAUUACACGGCCCCCGUGACCCCCGGCUACCACCCUCACUUGACUGACGCCACCGCCGGCCAGGACUGGACCCCAAGGGAACGCUUGGCCUUUUUCAGAGACAUUUUACACAGAGAAAACCCCUCGGACCGUGUCGAAAUCCGGAUCCAGGACUGGCUGGGGAGGAAAAUGAGGCUCGUCGAGGCGGUCAAAUCCGGUUAUUUCGUCACGCCCAAGGGAAAGCGCUCGAUCCCCCCCAAAACCGGGAUCGACAUGCUCGGAAACACGAUCGAAGCGGUGGACAUAUCCGUAAAUCCAAUGUACUACGGUCGCGACGGUUUCCAUAACGACGGGCAUCGGAUCAUUGGUUACAUCGAGGAUCCCGAGUUUGAAAAGAUGCUCCCCCCCGGAGUGAUGGCCGACCCCGCCACUGCCAUGCGCGACCCAAUAUUCUACCGUUUCCAUACCAACGUGAACGAACUCUUCGAGAAAUACAAAUCCACUCUCGAACCUUACACGGACCAAGACCUCCGCUGGCCUGGCGUGACUCUAAAAUCCGUCCGCGUCGUGUCCAAAUCGGGAAACGUUAAUGAGCUGAAAACGUUUUGGGACAAGAAGUCUUACGAGUUGAACAUGGGCCUCGCUUUCAAUCGGACGGAUGACCAUCACGAAGCGGUCGAAGUUUGUGCCAAGCACUUGAAUCACGAGGAGUUUGAGUAUUUUUUCGAUGUGCACCGCGCCCCCUGCGCCAAGUCCAAAUCCAACACCGCGACCUUCCGCGUGUUUCUCGCGCCGAAAUACGAGCCCCACUCGGGGAGGAAACUCACCGUUCAUGAACAGAGGAAUUUCUUCGUUCACUUGGACGUCUUUAACGUUAAGCUCCCCCCCGGCUUCAGCACCAUCACCCGUUCCUCCCUCUCCUCCUCCCUGACGAUCCCCCCCCAGCAAACCCUGACCCAAUUAAACUCCCCCAACCCCUCCUCGACCCCCAACUGCGGCUGCGGCUGGCCCCACCACCUCCUCCUCCCCAAAGGCUCCAAGAAAGGAAAAGAAUUCGACCUCUUCGUCAUGGUAACCAAUGGUGACGACUUUAUCCCACCGCCGAAAGACGCCCCCUGCGGGAAAGGCUGGCUCUAUUGCGGAAUUGCGAAUGGGUUUUAUCCGGAUAAGAAACCCAUGGGGUUCCCCUUUGACAGGCCGAUCAAGGGGGUCGGGUGUGGUGGGGGGUUCCUGGGGGGGAAGUUUUGCAGUGGGAAGAAAGUCGUGUGGUUAGAAGAGUAUGUUUCUUCAAGUGAGAGCAUGGAGAGCGUGGAGGUCGUCGUUUUACACAAGAAAUCCAAGAAGAAGGACUGAAAAUUAGUGGAAUUACCUCGAAAGAAUGAUAAGAAAAAACCAAAGAUUAAUGCCAUUUAUUUAUUUAAAUUAAUUUAUUUUAUAUAGAUCUCUCUCUUAAACACGCUUUAAACUGCUCAAAAAAUGCAAAUAAACCGAAUUUUAUACCAAAAACAGACACACAUUUUUAUUUAAAUAACUUUCAAUUAAUACAAAAAAAUCACAA